AUGGAUUACUCUUUUUUUGCAUCAUUAUAUUCAAAACCUGCUAUAACUAAAGAUACAAGUCAAAUAUCCUCAUCAAAUAUAAGAAAAUUUAAAGAAUUAGACUCGCAUAAACUUGAAAAGUUAGAACAAGCAAAUAAUUCACUCAAAAUAGAAAAACCACAAAAUCAGGCAAAUAAUUUGCUUAAAUUUAAUAAAUUUGUACAAGAGGAGAAUAAUUCUGAAAAAAUUGAAAACCUAAAACAUGAAGUGAAUGAUUCAUUUAUUGAUUUUUUGCAAGGAGUCAAAGAAGAUUAUGAAAAACAAAAUCCUCAAUUAUGCACAGCACUCAAUAAAUUUGCUGAACGAUAUGAAGCUGCAAAAUCUCAAUCAAUUCCACGAUUAGCAAGUUUUCUUUAUGAUCUAAAUCAUAAUUUGGACCCUUCAGCACGUACUAAAGGUGGUAAAAAGAUCCCUGUUCAAGUUGAAUCAAUAAAGUGA